ACUUGAAGCGAGCCGUAUAUUAGCUUUAAAAUGGAAUUUGAUUCAUUUUCUGAAUUUUAUGAACAGUUAAAUGCGUACUACGUAGACAAGCCUGGGAAAAAGCCACCUACCAAAAUUGACGUUCAAUUAAUGAUUGAAGACAUUUUAGCAGCAAAAGUAAAAAUGUAAGUAAUCGUUAAAAUAUACAAAAUAUUAGUAAAUAAAAAUUAUAUAUUAAGACACUUCAAAUAAAAUUAUUACAAUCAGCCAUCAGGGCUUGUCUUGUCAAACACGUAACAUAGCAAAUUUACGCUCAGCAGUUCACGUUUUAUUCCGUAUUCAUUGUACCUAUUUAAUCUAUUUUUUUUGUUUAAAAUCAUUGUACUAUCAUUGUAUUUAGGGCAGUCAAACCAGAAUUCCUGAUUUAAAAAUCGGUGAUUGCGUCUUAAUAACAGUGCCUAAAGUCGAUCGAGGACCGUCAGAUCUCGCCAAUGUAAUUGCAGUUANUUACGAUCAGCCAUCAGGGCUUGUCUUACAAACACGUAACAUAGCAAAUUUACGCGCAGCAGUUCACGUUUUAUUCCGUUGGAUUAAAAAUUAGAUAAUAAAUAUUUAAAUAAUAUUAUUGAAUAUUUACAUUAAAUAUUUGUAUAUAAUUUGAAAUUUACAUUAUUUUAUAGUGGUAAAAAAAAGAGGCGAGAUUAUUAUCUCAUCAAAACAUGAAAAUAAAAUAUAAUGUAAUGAUAAAGUAUAUGUCCGUUUCAUGAGCUAAAUUUUGACUUACACGUUAUGAUCGUAGUUCAUGAAAUGAACAUCCAUUUCAUGAAAAAUACGAUUACACUAAGUGGAUACGACAUAUAUACAUUCCUCCUUCCUUAUAAGAUGAGUCUAGGUACGGCACUGUUAUCUAACAUCAAUUGUUUAUUUUAAUGUAAUAAUAUAGGUAUGUUAUUAGUAAUGAGUGUUUAUCGAUAUUAUUGAACUUUGACAUUCGUACGUACACUAUUGGGUUUGUUGAUAGCGAACAUAAUACAAGACUGAAUAGUUACUUAUUACGUUCAUAAUAAUAAGUUGUUCCUAUGUUUAAUUAAAAAAAAUACUAUACAACAAUUUUCAAUGAAAAAUGAUUGUUUGAUAUAUAAAUGAUACUUACCUAAUAUCUAAUGCAACAACAGUAAAUUUUAGAAUUUAUUUUUCUAGUUAAUUAUGUCUCCAUCAAUGUCGUUAUAUAAAUUGAACAAACGAAUCGUUUUCAAGCAAUGUGUAUCAAGUAAGUGUCGAAAUAUCUAUUUAAUUUUUCGCAAUUUUCCCCAUUCUUAUAGCGGUUCACUUUUUCAGUACGAUCGUAUGCAAGCGAUGUGAAAAAUACUAGUUUAAAUGCGUUUCACCGUAGAAAUGGAGGCAAAAUGGUGCCGUUCGCCGGUUAUCUCAUGGCUGUGAAAUAUACCGACAGUAUAACGUCUUCUCAUUUACACACUCGUAAGGCGUGUUCUCUGUUUGAUGUCUCACAUAUGUUGCAGACGAAAAUUUACGGUAAACACAAAGAACAAUUCAUGGAGCAGGUUUGCGUUACGGACGUACAAAGUGAGUUCAGAAAAUCAUUUUUUUUUUUACGAAUUUUCCUGAAAAUGUAGGUUAUUGUGCUGAAUAUUUAUUUUUUUCCCGUUAUGCUUUUAGCGGUUUAAUCAUGGAUUUCAAAAUUUGGGACAACCAAAAGUUGGGUUAAAUAUAAAUAUGAAUUUCACACUGAAUGUUGCAGUGGUGGGUGAAUGAUAUUUUUUUAGUUUUGAACAUCCCUACAGUUUCUCCCGAAUGAAGUCCGAAGGGUAAAAUUUUGUAUAUUAUAAAUGACGUUAAUACACGUAUAGAGAAUUUUUGGGGGUUUAAAUUUCCAACCAUUCCAAAAAUUCCUACCAUUAUUUUGCUCAAAAUUUUCAUUAUUGUUUAUUUGUAUUAUUUUUAAUAUUAUAGGUACGUAGUCUUAUUAUAGUACUUAUUCGGUCGUUUAUUAUUUUACAAAAAAUAUUUAUAUAAUACGAAAUAGGUAUUGAACACUAGUGACGAAGGUGUUUUUUUAUUUUUUAAUAUAACUAUUAAGUAUAAUAUAUAAUAUACCUGUAUCAAUUUUUUUACAGAUUUGGAGGAGGGUAAGAGCGCAUUAAGUUUGUUUGUGGACGAUGAGACGGGCGGGAUAUUAGACGAUCUGAUAAUAACCAAGACGAAUCAGGAUUAUUUAUACAUGGUGACCAAUGCCGGUUGCAAGGAACAGGAUAUGAAAUUGUUAACGGAACAAUCAGUAAGUAUAAUACAACGAUAAAUACGUAAAAAGAAAAAAAAAAAGUCAUUUUAUACUAUUAUGGUUAUCGAAAUUAUUUAUUAAUUUUUUCUAGAAUAGUUUUAAAUCGAGUGGCCACGAUGUAAGCUUAGAGUUUUUGGACAGCGACACGCAAUCUCUUUUAGCGUUACAAGGCCCCAGUUCUAUGCGUGUUCUGCAGACGUUCGUUUCUAUUGAUUUGUCGAAACUUUACUUUAUGGAUUCCGUGGAGGCUACGAUCUGCGGUGUGUCCAAUUGCCGGAUAAAUCGAUGCGGUUAUACCGGCGAGGACGGUUUCGAAUUAUCAGUGCCGUCCAAAUGGGUGGAAAUGGUCGCGGAAUCGCUCAUCACUACUGAUUCAGUAAAAUUGGCCGGGCUGGGGGCCAGAGACACAUUAAGGUUGUUGUCGAGUUUUAUUCAAAUACAACAUUGUAUACUAAAUAUUAUAUAGAAAAUUAUUGUAUGUUUUUGUUUUUUGUUUCCAGGUUAGAAGCUGGAAUGUGUUUGUACGGAUCCGAUAUAAACAGUCAGACGACUCCGGUAGAAUCUGCUUUAACGUGGACUAUAAGUAAAUCGCAUAUUCCAUUUGAAUUUUUCGAAAUUGUAUACAAUGCAUUCCGUUCAUACUAUAUGUCGAUGGAAAACAAUUACACUAUACGAGUAUAUUAAUUUGUUUGCUUCUUUUUUCAGGUCGUAAACGAAGAGACGAACGGCGGUUUCCCGGAGCUUCUGUAAUUUUAAAGCAGCUCAGCGAAGGGGUUCAACGCAAACGAGUAGGAUUCGUUCAAAAAGAAAACAGCGCGCCGGUCAGAGGAGGUGCAGUUAUAUUUAACAAAGACGGCGAGAAAAUCGGAUCAGUAACUAGUGGAUGUCCGUCGCCAACAUUGUCGCAGAAUAUAUCCAUGGGCUAUGUGGAUAGUAAAUAUGCCAAAAUAGGAACGGAAAUAAAAGCGAUGGUUCGAGGACAAAACGUACCAAUGGUUGUCACGAAAAUGCCAUUUGUAAAACCGAAUUAUUACACCAAACCUAAACAAUAAAAUCAGUCUUUUAUUAAAAUUUAAUAUUAUAAAGUUUUACAUACGGUUUUUUUUUCAUUUUAUUAGAUUAUUACAGAAAAAUAUGUACUACGUUGAAGUUGACGAAUUACUUGGUCUGAAAAACGAAAUAAACAAUAAAUUAAACACAAUUUUUCAGUAGCG